UAGAAAGAAACUCCAAUGGACUUACACCGGGCAGCCUUCAAGAUGGAGAACUCGUCCUACCUCCCCAACCCGCUGGCAUCCCCAGCACUGAUGGUUCUGGCGUCCACGGCUGAGGCCAGCCGUGAUGCUUCCAUCCCUUGUCAGCAGCCACGACCCUUUGGUGUACCUGUCUCAGUAGACAAGGACGUGCAUAUUCCAUUCACCAACGGUUCCUACACCUUUGCCUCUAUGUACCAUCGGCAGGGUGGGGUGCCGGGCACUUUUGCCAAUCGUGAUUUUCCCCCUUCUUUACUACAUCUCCACCCCCAGUUUGCUCCCCCAAAUCUAGAUUGCACUCCAAUCAGCAUGCUGAAUCACAGUGGUGUGGGAGCUUUCCGUCCCUUUGCUUCCACUGAGGACAGGGAGAGUUAUCAGUCAGCCUUUACACCAGCCAAGAGACUGAAGAACUGCCAUGACACAGAGUCUCCCCACUUGCGCUUCUCAGAUGCAGAUGGCAAGGAAUAUGACUUUGGGACACAACUGCCAUCUAGCUCCCCCGGUUCACUUAAGGUUGAUGACACUGGGAAGAAGAUUUUUGCUGUCUCUGGCCUCAUUUCGGAUCGAGAAGCCUCAUCUAGCCCAGAGGAUCGGAAUGACAGAUGUAAGAAAAAGGCAGCAGCCUUGUUUGACAGCCAGGCCCCUAUUUGCCCCAUCUGCCAGGUCCUGCUGAGGCCCAGCGAGUUGCAGGAGCAUAUGGAGCAAGAACUGGAACACCUGGCCCAACUGCCCACCAGCAAGAAUUCCCUUCUGAAGGAUGCCAUGGCUCCAGGCACUCCCAAGUCCCUCCUGUUGUCUGCUUCCAUCAAGAGGGAAGGAGAGUCUCCGACGGCAUCACCACACUCAUCUGCCACUGAUGACCUGCACCACUCAGACAGAUACCAGACCUUCCUGCGAGUGCGAGCCAACCGGCAGACCCGACUGAAUGCUCGGAUUGGGAAAAUGAAACGGAGGAAGCAAGAUGAAGGGCAGGUAUGUCCCCUGUGCAACCGCCCCCUGGCAGGAUCGGAGCAGGAGAUGAGUAGGCAUGUGGAGCAUUGCCUUUCUAAGAGGGAAAGUUCCUGCAUGGCUGAGGAUGAUUCCGUGGACAUCGAGCAUGAGAACAGCAACCGCUUUGAGGAAUAUGAGUGGUGUGGGCAGAAGCGGAUACGGGCUACCACUCUCCUGGAAGGUGGUUUCCGAGGCUCUGGCUUCGUCAUGUGCAGCGGCAAAGAGAACCCGGACAGUGAUGCCGACUUGGAUGUGGAUGGGGACGACACUCUGGAGUACGGGAAGCCACAAUACACAGAGGCUGACGUCAUUCCCUGCACAGGCGAGGAACCUGGUGAAGCCAAGGAGAGAGAGGCACUCCGGGGCGCAGUCCUAAAUGGCGGCCCUCCCAGCACACGCAUCACACCUGAGUUCUCUAAGUGGGCCAGUGAUGAGAUGCCAUCUACCAGCAACGGGGAGAGCAGCAAGCAGGAGGCCAUGCAGAAGACCUGCAAGAAUAGCGACAUUGAGAAAAUAACCGAAGAUUCGGCUGUGACCACGUUUGAGGCCCUGAAGGCUCGGGUCAGGGAACUUGAACGGCAGCUAUCCCGAGGGGACCGUUACAAAUGCCUCAUCUGCAUGGACGCAUACUCGAUGCCCCUAACGUCCAUCCAGUGUUGGCACGUGCACUGCGAGGAGUGCUGGCUGCGGACCCUGGGUGCCAAGAAGCUCUGCCCUCAGUGCAACACUAUCACAGCUCCCGGAGACCUGCGGAGAAUCUACUUGUGAGCUAGCCACCCCAGGCAGGCCUUGUCUCAAGCAGCCCCGCCUGCCUCUGUGAUGUGACCCUGUCCCUUGUACAUACUUGCACACAGGUUCCCCAUGUACAUACCCGCGCGCACGCGCACACACACACAGGCCUCUGGAGCCAGAGUGGAGGCUGAGGCCUGCACCCUGCCUGCUGGCUCCCACCAAAAUUGGGGACCAUACCUAUUCCAGGUUCUGUUCCCAGGGUGGGGCAGGUAGGUGUAGCAGGGCAAGGCUCCUGAUAUCCUGCCCACAGACGGACUGACAGACAGACAGACAUGCAAACACCAGACUGAAGCACAUGUAAUAUAGACCGUGUAUGUUUACAAUGUUGUGUAUAAAUGGGGUAACUCCUUACCCAUACCUCCCCUCUCCUUCGGUUGUAUGAUUUUCUUCUUUUUUUAAGAACACCUGGAAGCGGUGCCUCCUUCAGGGCUGGCUGGGGGCUCGGCCCAUCCACCUCUUGGGGUGCCUGCCUCUCCCUUUCCCACAGUGUCCCUUCCCUCUCCCAUGUGCUCGGUGUUCAGUGGUGUAUAUUUCUUCUCCCAGACAUGGGGCACAUGCCCCAAGGGACAUGACCCUCUCCUUAGUGUUAGCUCCUGGGGCUCUUUGUAAGGAGUUGGGAACAGGGGAGGUACAGAAAUGGGAACCGAGCUACAGCAGGGGCUGAGAUUGGGGGUGGAUGAGGGUGCUCCCGCCUGCCCAGCCUCGUGCUAAGAACCACUCCUGGGAUUAGAGCUGCUGUUCCCAGGGAGAAGUGCUGCCUCCCUGCCCCGCCCCUGGGCCCCAUGGUGUGAUGCUGUGUCUGUAUAUUCUAUACAAAGGUACUUGUCCUUUCCCUUUGUAAACUACAUUUGACAUGGAUUAAACCAAUAUAAACAGCU